AUGGCGGCGGCGGCGGCGGUGACUCCAUCGUGGCAGCCUCAGGAGCAAGGGUUCAAGGAGAUCUGCGGCCUCCUUGAGCAACAGAUUUCGCAUACUUCGUCCGCCGACAAGGCUCAGAUUUGGCAACACCUUCAACGCUACUCGCACCUUCCUGACUUCAACAAUUACCUUGCCUUCAUCUUCUCCCGUGCCGAGUCGCAUCGGUUUUCCACUUUUCCAUGUUUGUUACGCGCGUUAUGUGCUUUCAAUGCGAAACAAAAUACACCCAAUGUUUCUGGGCUUACAUCUGAAAAGGGAAAAUCAGUGGAAGUUCGUCAGGCUGCAGGCUUAUACCUGAAGAAUAACCUCAGAAAUGCUUAUAAAUCUAUGCAGCCUGCAUACCAACAGUAUGUGAAAUCGGAGUUGCUACCUUGUCUUGGUGCAGCGGAUAAGCACAUAAGGUCUACAACAGGAACUAUUGUUAGUGUCGUUGUUCAAAUAGGAGGAGUUGCUGGGUGGCCUGAAUUGUUGCAAGCCCUCGUAAAUUGCUUAGACAGUAAUGAUCUAAAUCACAUGGAAGGUGCAAUGGAUGCAUUAUCCAAGAUUUGUGAAGAUAUUCCUCAAUAUCUUGAUGCUGAUGUACCAGGGUUAGCAGAACGCCCUAUUAACAUAUUUCUUCCCAGAUUAUUUCGGUUUUUCCAAUCUCCUCAUGCUUCAUUGAGAAAGCUAUCACUGGGUUCUGUAAAUCAAUACAUUAUGUUAAUGCCUUCUGCUCUAUAUGUAUCCAUGGAUCAAUAUCUUCAAGGUCUGUUUAUUCUCUCAAAUGACCCCAAUGCUGAAGUGCGGAAGUUGGUUUGUGCAGCAUUUGUUCAGCUAAUUGAAGUCCGUCCGUCUUUCUUGGAGCCACAUUUAAGGAAUGUGAUUGAAUACAUGUUACAAGUCAACAAGGACACAGAUGAUGAAGUAGCCCUGGAAGCCUGUGAAUUUUGGUCUGCUUAUUGUGAUGCUCAACUGCCACCUGAAAACUUAAGAGAAUUCUUGCCACGUCUUAUUCCAGUAUUGUUGUCAAACAUGGCUUAUGCUGAUGAUGACGAAUCACUUAUUGAAGCUGAGGAAGAUGGAUCUCAACCUGAUAGAGAUCAGGAUCUUAAGCCGCGAUUUCAUGUAUCAAGGUUUCAUGGAUCAGACGACGUAGAAGAUGAUGAUGAUGAUGUUGUCAACACAUGGAAUUUAAGGAAAUGCAGCGCAGCUGCUCUUGAUAUUCUUUCAAAUGUGUUUGGAGAUGAGAUUCUUCCUACUCUUAUGCCUAUUGUUGAGGCUAAGUUGUCUGCUGGUGGGGAUGAUGCUUGGAAAGAAAGGGAAGCUGCUGUCUUGGCUCUUGGUGCCAUAGGUGAAGGCUGCAUCAAUGGUCUUUAUCCUCAUCUAUUGGAGAUUGUGGCAUUUCUUAUCCCACUACUUGAUGAUAAGUUUCCUCUGAUACGAAGUAUUUCAUGCUGGACACUAUCUCGAUUUAGCAAAUUUAUUGUUCAGGGUAUUGGACAUCCUAAAGGAUAUGAACAAUUUGAUAAUGUUCUUAUGGGGCUUCUACGAAGAAUUUUGGAUGACAAUAAGCGGGUGCAAGAGGCUGCUUGUUCAGCUUUUGCAACUCUUGAAGAGGAGGCUGCUGAAGAGUUGGCACCACGCUUGGAAAUUAUACUGAAGCACCUGAUGACUGCAUUUGGGAAAUAUCAAAGACGAAACCUCAGAAUUGUAUACGAUGCAAUUGGAACUCUAGCUGAAGCUGUUGGAGGAGAGUUGAAUCAGCCUGUUUAUCUUGACAUUCUCAUGCCACCAUUAAUCGAGAAGUGGCAGCAACUUUCAAAUUCAGACAAAGAUCUUUUUCCACUCCUGGAAUGCUUUACAUCUAUAGCACAUGCUCUGGGAACUGGUUUCACUCAAUUUGCUGAACCUGUAUUUAGGAGGUGCAUAAAUAUAAUCCAGACCCAACAGUUUGCUAAGGUUCGGGCUGAUUCUACUGCAACUGGGGUUCAGUAUGACAAGGAGUUCAUUGUAUGCUCUCUUGAUUUGCUUUCUGGACUAGCAGAGGGUCUUGGCAGUGGAAUAGAGAGUUUGGUUGCACAAUGUUCUUUGAGGGAUCUUCUUCUGCAUUGUUGUGUGGAUGAUGCUCCUGAUGUUCGACAAAGUGCCUUUGCUCUACUUGGAGACCUGGCACGAGUGUGCCCGGUUCAUUUGCACCCUCGUUUGUCUGAGUUUCUUGAGGCUGCAGCCAAGCAGCUGGAGAUUUCUAAGGUAAAGGAGGCUAUUUCAGUAGCAAAUAAUGCGUGCUGGGCAAUUGGAGAAUUGGCUGUGAAGGUUCGUCAAGAAAUUUCUCCCAUUGUCUUAACUGUAAUUUCAUGCCUGGUUCCCAUUCUUCAGCACGCAGAGGGACUCAACAAAUCACUUAUAGAGAAUAGUGCAAUAACAUUGGGGAGGCUUGCUUGGGUCUGUCCAGAGCUUGUAUCACCACAUAUGGAGCAUUUCAUGCAAUCUUGGUGCACUGCUUUGUCAAUGAUACGAGAUGAUGUUGAGAAAGAGGAUGCUUUUAGAGGUCUAUGUGCUAUGGUCAAAACUAAUCCUUCUGGCGCUCUAAGCUCGCUUGUCUACAUGUGCAAAGCGAUUGCAAGUUGGCAUGAAAUAAGGAGUGAAGAUUUACACAAUGAAGUCUGUCAGGUCUUGCAUGGGUAUAAACAGAUGCUGCGUAAUGGAGUGUGGGAUCAGUGUAUGUCAGCUUUGGAUCCUCCAGUAAAAGAAAAGCUUUCAAAAUAUCAAGUAUAA